AUGGACAUGUCCGAGUCGUCUGGCCUGCCAUGGCUGGAUCAGCCUGUGUUGCUGCAUUCAUCUCGCAAAGAUACCUGCAAACUGAACGCUGAGGAGUGUGCCUACCGUCGAGGCUACUGGAGAUACUGGUAUGAAGCGGAUCACGUCUACGCCUUGAAUACCGUCUACUUUAUGUGCGCGAUCAUUGGCGUCUUCACCACAGUACACUACACCUCUCAGUAUGCUCCCCCCUGGAUCAAACGCACUGCCAUCUGGCGCAGGGUCGCAGCGGUGCUGCGGUAUCUUUCAUAUAAGGGAUAUCAGAUGUCGGCUCUACACUACCGGUCACCGUCCCUCGGCGUGAUACUCCUCGGUCUCGUGGGCGUGGUCUUUUUCUUCGCAAUGACUCUCGGUCCGAGACCCUAUUACUGGCCCAACACGGCAACAGUCUCGUAUGGCAACAGCCCGCCUAUUGCAACGAGGACCGGGUGGAUGGCAUUGGCCCUGCUUCCUUUUGUCCUCGCCCUGGGCUCCAAGGCAAACCUCGUCUCGAUGCUGACGGGCGUCUCUCACGAGAAGCUUCAGAUCUUUCACCAUUGGGCCAGCUACGCAAUGUUUGUCCUAGCCUUGAUUCAUACAUUCCCCUUUAUCAUCUUCCACAUCAAUAAGGGUGACAUGGUCAAGCAAUGGAAGACCAAUGUCACGUACUGGACGGGAGUAGCAGCGUUGAUCCCGCAGGCCUACCUGACUGUCAUGUCUUUGCCGGCUAUUCGGAACCGGUACUACGAAUUCUUCAAAGCAACGCAUGUCCUCAUCGCAUUGCUCUUCAUCCUCUUCUUCUUCUUCCACUGCGACUUCCGCCUCUCGUCUUGGGACUAUUUCAUCGCCGGCGGCUGCCUCUACACCUUCAGCCUCUGCAUAGGCUACACCCGCACAUUCCUCAUCAACGGCCUGCACACAAGCACCCUUGACCUCCUCCCCUGCGGUCUCCUCCGCGUCAAAAUCCCAACAAUCACAACCUGGCAUCCCGGCCAGCACAUCUCCCUCCGCUUCCUCGACCUCCCCAGCCUCGGUCUCCACUGUCUCACCGCACACCCGUUCACCAUCGCCUCCGUCGCCCACGAUCCAGACCACGCCGGCAAGGCAACCGAACUCAUCUUCUACAUCCGCCCGAGACACGGCAUCACCGGCCGCCUCGCGCGUCUCGCAGCGAAAAGCCCCGGCGCCGCCCGCGCCGUCCUCCUCGAAGGCCCCUACGGCGGCGUCACCACCCCGCUCUCCCACUUCACCACGCUACUCGUCCUCGCCGGCGGCUCCGGCGCCGGCUUCUCGCUCGCAGUCCUCGCCGACGCCCUCAAGACCGCAACAGAGAAGACAACCGUGCAGAUCGUCUUUGCGACGCGCAGCCCGGCCGUGGCGGAGUGGUACGUCGAGGAGGUCGAAAGCAGGGUCUCGGCGCUCGGCACUGCCGACGUCGCUGUCUCCAUCUAUGUCACUGCGAGUGGUCCGGAGACGGCGAGGGGGGUUGAGGACGGGAAGGAGACGAGGCUGUCCGGCGAGCAUGUCACCAGCAGCGCGCUGGGGUGGAUGCGUCAGGGUCGACGCCCGGAUCUCCCCGCCAUCAUCGCCUCGUCGUGUGCAGCGAGGCCGGCGGCGCGGGUGGGUAUCUUCGCCUGUGGUCCUGCGUCUAUGCUGCACGAUGCGCGCAAUGCGGCUGCGCAGGCGCAGCGGGCCGUCGUGAGGAACGGGGUGGAAGAGGUGUACUUGCACAUGGAGCCUUUCUCGUGA